AUUAACGUGGCAUGCCGGUCUAUCUUAUUUUACGUUCUUCCAACAUUCGCUGGUUGUCAGAGACCACCGCAACACAAUCGAAAUCUCUGCAAAUUUUCAACGCUGCCGCUUCCCUUCACCACCAUGUGGAGGAGGAGCUCACUGAGUCUCUCGUCCAAACUCCUCCAGUCAAACCCUUGGAACCUCUCCACCUCGUACGGCGUCGUUAGGACCCCGAUCCCCAACCCUCACCUCUACUCCGCGUCUUCAGAAUCGUUCAAUCUAGGGUUUCCGAAGCCCGAUGGGACCGUCGAUCUCUCGUCCAUGGCAGUCGGAUCGGCGGCUAGGGUUCGCCAAGUCCCGGACGUCGCUCGCCACUACGGUCGCUGCUACUGGGAACUCUCCAAGGCUCGGCUCAGCAUGCUAGUAGUUGCGACUUCUGGGACUGGAUUUGUUCUUGGGAGUGGAAGUGCAAUUGAUUUUACUGGACUUUGUUGGACUUGUGCUGGUACCAUGAUGGUUGCGGCAUCUGCUAACUCCUUAAAUCAGGUAUUUGAGAUAAGCAAUGAUGCCAAAAUGAAGAGAACGAGGCAAAGACCACUACCUUCAGGGCGCAUUACUAUACCCCAUGCAGUCACCUGGGCAUCUUUCGCUGGUGUAGCUGGCACUGCUUUAUUGGCAAGCAAGGCUAAUAUGUUGGCGGCUGGGCUGGCAGCUUCCAAUCUGUUUCUUUAUGCAUUUGUAUAUACUCCCUUGAAGCAGAUCCACCCAGUCAAUACAUGGGUUGGGGCUGUAGUUGGUGCCAUUCCACCACUUCUUGGGUGGGCUGCAGCUUCUGGCCAGAUUUCACUCAAUGGGAUGAUUCUUCCAGCUGCUCUCUAUUUCUGGCAGAUACCGCAUUUCAUGGCACUUGCUUACAUGUGCCGCAAUGAUUAUGCUGCUGGAGGGUUUAGGAUGUUCUCCCUUGCUGAUGCUUCUGGUCGGAGGACUGCCUUGGUGGCUUUAAGGAACUCCCUAUAUUUGAUCCCUUUGGGGUACUUAGCCUAUGAUUGGGGUGUGACUUCUGGGUGGUUUUGUCUUGAAUCAUCUGUCCUGACUCUUGCAAUAACUUAUGCCGCAUUUUCAUUCUAUCGAGACCGUACUUCACAAAAAGCCAGGAGGAUGUUUCAUGCUAGCCUUCUGUAUCUUCCUGUAUUCAUGUCUGGGCUUCUACUUCACCGUCUCCCAGAUAACCAACAAUGUGUCCAAGAAGACAAUUCAGAGAGGAUUAUUGAGCCCUCAUCGUCCUUUGUAACUCUUGCAGAAGAGAGUGAAAACGACGACCAGAAGAACACGGUGAUGCGUUCCACAGUCGGCAAUCAAGCACGCCCACCCGUAGCAUAUGCCUCCGUCGCACCAUUUCCUUUUCUGCCUGCUCCAUUGUACACAGCUCCUUGAUGUAUUGUGCGUCUAGAUUUUGUAUUACAAUUCGUAAUAAGUUAUAAAAGGUUACCCUGUAAAAUUGUCAAUUUUUUUUGGGUAAACCCUCCAAAUUCCAUUGGUUUUGUUUGGUGGUUAUACUCUUCAGCAUUGAAAUUUGAGCAAAGUAUUUUUACUUGGAAUAAAAUGUGAAAAUGCAGCAUUGUUCUUGAUUUGGUUAGAA